GCCAGCCGAGCCCGCUUCCCUCUCGGUAGGAAGCCCACCAGACCAGGCGGGAAGAAGUGGGCGGGAUCGUCGGGCCGCCCUUCACGCCCACCGCCACUUCCUGCUUGGACUCGAACUACAACUCCCAGAAAACCUCCGAGUGCCGGUCUGGCUCUGAAAGUGAAAACAAACUUUUUAAGGGCGGCCAGUUUCAGUGGAAACGCCACAUGUUUCGUUUCCGAGUGGGAAGCUCGGGGACGCGCCGAAGCUGCCGCCGGGAGCUGGUUUGGGGAGGGUUAGGGCGCGCUGGGGUUACUGGAGGUUAGAGGCCCGGCGGGUGUCCUGCGGAGGAGGCCGAAGGGGAAGAAAGGGGGGAAAAAAAUAGCAGGUCAGCCGCGGUGUCUGGUUCAAGUAGCGCCUCUCGCAAGAGUCCCACAUGCGAGCUGCAAACGUGAGCCCGGCGCUUCCCGCUGCUCCAGCCGCCGCUGCCGCCUUGGCAACCGCCUCUCGCUUUCGGACAGCUUUUCCCGGCGGGUUGCUUUCCAUGCUGGUCGCCCUGUGUUAUAUAGCCAUCUGGUUUCUUUUUCAACCAUGUGGGGCUAACUAAGGUGGGGAGGGGGAGAGAAAGGACUUCCCGGCCGCUUCUGGAGCAAUAAACAAACAUGGAGGAGGCGACCGGCAGCAAGGAAGAGCAGAGCCGCCUGGGCAACGGCGUGGAGAGCCCUGCCGAGGCUGCCAUGGACGGCUACUUGCGAUUUCAGGGAUUGUACCGCAAGCGAGUGGCGAAGGACGGGUCGUGCCUCUUCCGAGCGGUGGCCGAGCAGGUUUUCCACUCGCAGUCUCAGCAUCUUGAUGUUAGGAUGGCCUGUAUAAACUAUCUGUGGAAAAACAGAGAGAAAUUUGAAGCGUUUAUAGAGGGGUCAUUUGAGGAAUAUCUGAAGCGUCUGGAAAAUCCACAGGAAUGGGUUGGACAAGUUGAAAUAAGUGCCCUUUCUCUUAUGUUCAAAAAAGAUUUUAUAAUAUAUCGGGAACCAAACUGCACUCCUUCUUACAUAACUGAAAAUGGCUUUCCCGACAAGAUAUUGCUGUGUUUUUCAAAUGGCAAUCACUAUGAUAUUGUCUAUCCUAUAGACCACACAAUCAAGGCUGCUCUUUGUCAGUCUAUUCUGUAUGAAUUACUAUAUGAAAAAGUAUUUGACAUUGAUGUGAAUAAAGUCUUAGAAGAACUGAGCCAUGAUGAUUUGAUUAAGAAUGGCAGAAGAAACAGCGAAGAAUCUGGUUCAGAGCAUGAAGAUCUAGAAAGUGAAGAGGCUGUAAAAAGUUAUACAAACAAUAAGAAGCUUCGCAAACAUGGGAAAUCUCACAAUGUUACAAGCUUGCCUGGAAAAGUUCUUCGUUCCCUUAAUCCAUCAGUUUACCAAAAUGUUGAAUACGAAGUUUGGCGGCAGUCAAAAAUAGAUCAGCAAAAACAAGAUUUUUCUAUUGCUGCUGGCAUGCAGUAUUCAGUUGGAGAUAAAUGUAAAGUAUAUUUAGAGCACAGUGGAAGGUAUUACAAUGCUCACAUUCAAGAAGUCCAGUCUGCAGAUGGACCAGUUAUUGUUUUUGUGGAAGAACUUGGUGUUAAGCAUUCAGUACUGCUAAGAAAUAUUAAACCUCUUCCACAGGCAGCUCCUUUGGAAACCUGGAGCACAGUACUGGGGAAAAAAAUUAAAAAAGCCACUUCGGUGCAUGGGCAAAAUGUUCAGACUGAUACAGAUUGCAGAGGCUCCAAAAAUCCAAAUAGGCUAAUAAAAACCACAUCAGUUUUCCCUUCUCGAAUGCAAAUCACAAGACAGCAUCACUUGCCCAGUUUGGGGGUAUCUUCUCAACAAUCUUCUGGUCAUCACAAAACUCAAGGCAGAAACCCUCUGCAAGCUGUAAGAAAAACAGAUUGUGAGACAGUGCAAGAAUUGGACCACCGAAACAAGAAUUGUAAUGUUGGUCUUUCUGCAGAGGAACAGAAAGAGAAACAAGCUAUAGAUGAAGUUAAUUCACUUUAUGAAAUCCAGUUCCAGGAUGAAGAAGCUUUCCCUGCACUUUUGAAUACACCUGUGUCUCAAGUAGCUACACAGACUAAUGAGACCUCUGCAUGGCAAACAUCCCAAGUUCCUAAUGGGAAAAGAAUCGGCAACCUGAAGGAAGAACAGGUGGCAAAAAAUAAAGAUGCAAAGGAUGAGAAAGUGUCUAAUCUUGAGCAGAUUCUUGCAGAUCAGAAGCUGGAUCCUAGAAUGUCUAAGGACAGUAAGGAGGAUAUAGCUGUUGCAGAUAUAUCAUCUCCCUCAAGCAAUGGAAAUAUUCAUUCACCACCAAUUGAGCAGGAACCUUUAUCAGGUAUAAAUGCUACCCUGUCUUCAACUGUUCCUGAAAUACAUUUGCCUCCCACUGUGCCUUCUGCACCAGCUGUUGUGCCAGCUUGGUCAAGUGAAACAACCGACUACGGAUUAACAGGUGUUCCAUCCCAGAUUCCUGUGUCAUCUGUGAGAUCAACCCCAACCCCUGGAUUAGAUUCAACUCUGAGUCAGGGAACCUCUAGUCCAGUUGCUGCCAUUCCAGUAACACUCCAAACAGUUAAUCAGCCUUUAAUACCUAUGCCUCAAACACUGAAUCUUUAUCAGGAUCCCUUGUACCCUGGGUUCCCAAUAAAUGAAAAGGGGGAACGAGUUAUUACUCCUUCAUAUUCUUUGUGUGGUACAGGAGAAGAUCUACCAAAUGAUAAAAAUAUCCUCAGAUUUUUCUUCAAUCUUGGUGUAAAGGCAUACAGUUGUCCCAUGUGGGCGCCACACUCCUAUUUGUACCCUCUACAUCAAGCUUACCUGAAUGCCUGUAGAAUGUACCCAAAGGUGCCAGUUGCAAUGUAUUCUCAUCAUCCUUGGAUGCAGGAGAUACCUUUGACUCAGAAUGAAAAUGAACAAAUAAAUGGACCAUUCCAUGUACCAAAUGACGUUAGAAUGGAUGGACAAAGUCUGCAGACUGAUACUAUGUCUUCACCCAUGCCCCUGUUUAUACAUGCUACCCAAGUGCCUGAAAGUCAAGGACUUGUCUGUGUAGAGUCUGAGAAUCCGGCACAAGAAUUACAUGCUGGUUAUGAGGAGUCCCUAGGAGGCAAAAAUAUAUUUCCACAACCUCCAUUUGGGCAGAAUCCAUUUUUAGGUUCUGUACCACUUACAUCAGUUUUCCCUCAAUUUUGGUAUGGAUAUCCUGUUCCAGGUUAUAUUGAAAAUUCCGGAUUGAGGCAAGUUGUGCCACAGGAGGCCAAGAGAAGUGAUAUGGUCCUGUCUGUGGAGGAAACUUCUUCAGCUCCAGUUGCUGAAUGUGCCGAGCCACUUCAGAAAACCAAGGGUGAAAGAAAUCUCCAAGGCUUACCUCUCCCUAAAACUGCCAUCAAGAAUGAAUGUAAUAUCCUAAAUAAAACCUCAGCCCGAGUGCCUAUGGAUCAGCAGACCAGUCCUGCUAUCCCACCUGCUACUCAAACAAAAUCUCUACUCCAAAACCUCCCUCCCACAGAAAUGCAAGACAUCAAGAGACAAACAUCAACUUCAAAAUCAGAAUUUAAAAAUGUUCCUGGCUAUAAAGAAAAAAGUAACAAGUCUAAUGCAUUUAUAUCAGCAAGUGGGGAGGAAAGUAGAGUGUCAAGGGCAAGGGAAGAGAGCUCUGAAGAUGAGCAUGAAGUAUCUGAUAUGCUUAGAAGUGGCCGAUCAAAACAAUUUUAUAAUCAAACUUAUGGUGGUGGUAGAAGACCUAGAAGUGAAAGGAGCUAUCAACCUGGGAGAGGAGGUUAUCAGCAUCCAAAAAAUGAGGAACCAUGGAAAGGGUCACUAACUGGAAAUAGAGGGGAAGGCUCGCAUUAUCACCGCAAUUUCAGAGGGAGGCCAUAUCGGAAUGAGAGAAGAAGGUCAAACAUGGGAAAUAGUCAUCGAGGGCUACAGUUGUCUUAGAUAACAAAAUCUAGACAUUCAGCAUGCAUAUAAAUGCUGAGAUAUAUGCUCAAGGCUUAUAUUUCUGCUUUUGUUAAAGAUCAGAAUAUUCUUUUUGUUUUGUCAAAGGAAAGAUGUGGGUCCUUUCAGAAAUUUAAGUGGUUAGGUAUAUAACUUGGUAAUUGAUAAAAACUAAUUUUGCUUUAUUUAAUUUCUUAAGACUAAAUAAGAUUGUGUUUAUUUUUCCCAUAAAGAUUUAAGUUUGUGAGAGAGAAGAAAAGAAAGAAGCUAUAGUGAAAAAAUACUGUGGUUAUUUCAUACCUGAUGAUAGCGAACAUUGCACCAAAUACACUGUAAAGCAUAGUUGAGUAUGUUGAGUCUAAGGACUCUCAAAUCACUAGACUUAUUUUUGAUAUGCUUCCAAUCAAAAGCUUUUCAUCUCAAAGAAGCUUGUGAAACUUGAAUGUGUCAGUUUUUAUUUUGUUUUACUUAAAAUACUUUUUUUUUUUUGGCAAUCACUAUUUUUGUCUCUUAAGAUGGUUGACUGUGUUUUAGCCAUAGUGGUAGUGCGUGCGUGCGUGCGUGCGUAUUUCUUGAACUAUUUAAAAACAACCAAGAACCUGCAUAUAUCACAUGGGUAGUAUGCUCAGUUUGGUGAUUUCUUCCAAGGAGUCCUAAUGCAGGAAUGACUAUAAUAGUGCCUAUGCGAAAAUAUGUAUAUAAGACAAAAGUAGAUGCCGUGCAUUUCCAAAAUAAUUUUACACCUGUUACAAGUGAACUUUUAAGAUAGUUUUGCACUGAAAAUUCCCUAAACGAACUAUGGGAGAGAUGCAGGACAUAAGAUUAAACUGCAUUUGUCUUGUACUGUGGGUUAUUGAGGCUUUUUUCUUUUGUUGUUGAACAUGUUUGCGUUGUUUUAUAAAAAGUGUGAUUUUUUUUAAAAAAAUAAUUUGGUUAUUAUGGUGUGAUUUCUAACUUCACAGUCUGUCUAUGUGCUUUCCUUUGGUAUUGCAAACCAUUUUUUCAUGUCUAAAACCAAUUUGUGUACAGUUGUCUCUCUCUCUGUGCGUGUAUCUGCGUGGGUGUAAAAUGUGAUACUGGUAGUUACUUUUACCAUAACUUUUUUGAUCAGGUGAAUUGAGUGAUACUUGGUAAAUCCCCUUAAUACACACACGUUGUAUAAUUAAAGAUUUGCCCUUUCUGAUAUAGAUUUGAACUGUUGGCUUAUGCAUCUACUUCUAUAUGUACUAUACAGUAUAACCAGAAGUGACUUGAGUUUUGGACUGAAACUAAUUGAAAGUUAACUGGUCCCUGAAACAUAAGUAAAUCUAAAAUAAAUGUUAAAAAAAUACCAUUUAAAAAACAAAGCAGUGGAUACUCUUAAGAUUUUGUGUGUCAUCAGAUGAAAUAAUUUGUGCAUUGGAAAUUUAACUAACUUAGCUCUUCUGUCCCUUGUUCCAAAAUAAUACAAUUUUUCCCCCCUUGGUACCUUCUCUCAGCAGGAGGUCCUAUAUAUUCUAAUCAAUUGGUCCAUUUCCCAGAAGUGCAAAUAAGAUGGAUUAGUGAAUUCCCAAUUUUGGAAGAGUCCACAUGUAUACAUAGGAUAACAGAUAGAAUAUGAAACUUCUAACAUCACAAUUGCCUUAAUGCUAAUUGUUUAUAUACUUUCUUGAAUUUUUCCUAAAAUUGAUGAUAACCUUCCUUUAUUUUCAUUGCAACACCGUCCCCAAAUAUACAGCUUAUCUGAAGAAGUCAGUGGUGUGGCAACUAUAAAAAAAAGGCAUUGUGCUGUUAUAAACUAUCAGAAUUUAACAUCAAAUUUUGAUCCUAUCAAUUUAUAUUCUGACAGAAAAAAUGUAUUACAGGUUUAUUUUUACAGUGGAUAAAAUAUACAAAUGAAAGAUUGCAAUUUAAGAGACAAAGCUAAACUUUCCCUUGGUUUAUCAAUGAAUAAAAUUACUACUUAAAACUUUCAGGGCCUCUGGUGGCUCAGACUGCUAAGACAGUCUGUUAUUAACACAGCUGCUUGCAAUUACUGCAGGUUCAAGUCCCAUCAGGCCCAAGGUUGACUCAGCCUUCCAUCCUUUAUAAGGUAGGUAAAAUGAGGACCCAGAUUGUUGGGGGCAAUAAGUUGAUUUUGUAUAUAAUAUACAAAUGGAUGAAGACUAUUGCUUAACAUAAUGUAAGCCGCCCUGAGUCUUCGAAGAAGGGCGGGAUAUAAAUGCAAAUAAAAAAAAAUGUUACACAGUAUUGAUCUGAAAUGUAGAGACAUGUGCAGCAUCAUCUGAAAUGGCGGAACUAGGCUAAAAAUAACCUAGAGAGAAAUUUGGUCCCUUCAAAAUACAUUAAAUGUUUGGGAUAAUUUAUAAUCAACAUCAACCAAAGGAUAGUAGGGCUAAAUUAAAAACUCAGGGUGUGUGUCAGUUCUCAGAUAUUUGCUGUCCAAUUUUUCAUAUGGCUAAAAAUAUUUUUGUUGUGCGAAGGCUUAUUGUGUUCAUUAAAAUUUGUCAAAAUGAAUGAUGUGGGUAUAUUUGGAGCCUGCUGCAGAUAGGUCUUCAUUUUUCAUAAAACAAAUUGCCAAAUACCUUUUAUACAACACUGAGGACUAGGUAAUUGAAAAGAACUUGCUACUCAGAGAGCAAAUUGGAUUUAGGUUUGGUCACUCUACCAUUCAUAAUUGUUCUGUCUUGUGUCAUCUAAUAGAAAAAUAUAUAGCUAAAGGGAGAGACGUCUUCGUAACUUUUAUAGACCUUAGUGCAGCAUUUAAUUCAAUAAAUGGGUGGACCUUCUUUGGAAGAAAUUUAAGAAUCUGAACAUGGAGCCCAGACUCAUCUCUUUAAUUAAGGCAUUAUACUCAAAACAGGAACAUGUACUUCCUUAACAGAAAAUUAAUAUCAAUAAAAGGGUCAGACAAGGAUGUAUACUGGCUCCUGUUUUGUUUAAUCUGUAUAUUUACAAUAUCCCAAACUCCAUUCAACGAAUAUGCAUAUGCCUAAAAUUAACAUGUAAAUGUUCUGCUUUAUGCAGAUGCUAUAAUAUUGAUGCCAUAUAUUCAGGAAUAGGGUCAAGAAGCGACCUGUGCAGAUUUUCUUCAUACUGUGCACUCUACCUGAACGUCAAAUCUAAAAUUAAGGUAGUUAGUUCUCAAUGUGGAACCAUUUGUUUAAUGAUUAUUUGAAGUUACAAUGCCACUGAAAAAAGUGAUUUAUCACUCUUUUUCACACCUGUGACUUGUAGCGUCAUCAAGGUCGUGAUCAAAAUCUGGAUGCUUGGCAACUGGCUUGUAUUUAUGACUAAAUUAACUGCAAUAAUUCACUUAACUGGCAAGAAAGGUGGUAAAACGGAGCAAAAUUUACUAACUAACCUGUUCAACAGAAAUUUUGGGCUCAAUUGUAAGUUGUGGACUAUCUGUAGUAGUUUUGGGGAAUAAGUGGAUCCAAUUGGAGCUUGGAUAGGGAGCAUAGAUAUUAAGUUGUAUCUAAAUUUAGAAUUUUUUUCUGCAGAAACAGGUUCCUGUCUCCUGCAUUUUAAGAGCUACAGCUUUAAAAAUGCCAUAAGGCAGCUCACCAACGAUAGAUAACUUGAGUCCUCUACUUCCAUUCAUAAAGGUAUGUAACAGCAAAAUAGUUCCAGAGAUUGCGUACGGCACAGAACCAUGGGACUAUAUAAAUACUGCCUUAUUGA